GUGAGCAACUUUCCUGCCAAGAUGAUGUGGAGUCUGCUAAUCAUCUUACUGAUUGGAAGGCUUCCUGGAACUGAUCAAGCAGCAGAUCUCUGCGACAGACAGAAUAUAAAUCUGACUGACAAGAAAGCGUCUCAGUCUUCAACCUACACUGCUGCUAACAUAGAGUUCUCUAGUGACAAAGCCUUUGAUGGGGAUCGCUCCUCAUGCGCUCACACCCUGCAGAACAUCAACUCCUGGUGGAGAAUUGACCUGAAUGCUGUUUACAACAUUUCCUGUGUGUCUGUAUUCAACCCAAAUUAUCUUAAUACUAACAUGUUAGGUGCUGAGAUCUACAUUGGGAACUCUCUACAGACCAAUGACUCCAAGAACACACUGGUUUUCAACAUCACAAGCUUCCAAACAAAUCAGAUAAACGUCUUCAAAUUUCCCACAUCGGUGUCUGGGCGCUACGUCACUGUGAUACGACCAGGCAACUUCUUCCUGGUUCUUUGUGAGGUGAACAUCACUGGCACAGAGCUAGUAUCUCCCUUUAAGCUGAUCGAAACAAACAAAACGUGGGAAGAAGCUCUGAACUACUGCAGGGAAAACCACACAGGUCUGGCCUCCAUCUUGGAUGAACGGAUGCAGAUGUUUGCUGAGCUGGAGGCUGAGAAAGCCAACAGUCCCUUUGUCUGGAUCGGACUUCAGUACAACUGCAGGCUGGAGGCCUGGUUCUGGGUGGAUGAUUGUAAAGUCCAAUAUAAUGAGUGUGACACCAAUGGAGCCAUGGAGACAGAAGGGCAGCAUCGCUGGUUCAACAAGUCUCGUGAUGAAAAGUUCAAUUUCAUCUGUGCAUUGAAUUAA